CGGCGCGCGCCGCUCGUUCGCAGGAAGUCGCACAGGGGAAGCAAGGGGCGCGAGCGGAAGUGACGUCGCCGGCGCACACGUGGUUGAGCGUGGUUCCGGAGGGUCUCUUCGGCAGGGCUUGGGAAGUUACGAGCUCGUGUACCCGUCCGAGGCCGGGUCUAGCGCUCCGGUUUCCGUCCGGUCGGCAAGAUGGUGAAGCCCAAGUACAAAGGACGGAGCACCAUCAACCUCUCCAAGGCCAGCACAAACCCUGAUCGAGUGCAGGGAGCAGGAGGCCAAAACAUGAGGGACCGGGCCACAAUCCGGCGCCUGAAUAUGUACCGGCAAAAGGAGCGCAGGAACAGUCGUGGUAAAGUGAUUAAGCCUCUGCAGUAUCAGUCCACGGUGGCUUCUGGCACGGUGGCGAGAGUGGAACCAAAUAUUAAGUGGUUUGGAAACACACGUGUGAUUAAACAGUCAUCGUUACAAAAAUUUCAAGAGGAAAUGGGCACAGUUAUGAAGGAUCCAUACAAAGUGGUCAUGAAACAAAGCAAGUUACCCAUGUCUCUUCUCCAUGAUCGGAUCCAGCCUCAUAACUCAAAGGUGCACAUUCUUGAUACUGAAAGCUUUGAAACUACAUUCGGCCCAAAGUCACAGAGGAAGCGACCAAACUUAUUUGCUAGUGAUAUGCAGUCUCUUCUAGAAAACGCAGAAAUGUCCACUGAGAGCUAUGACCAGGGCAAGGAUCGUGACCUGGUCACUGAAGACACUGGUGUCAGAAAUGAAGCCCAAGAAGAGAUUUAUAAAAAGGGACAGUCCAAAAGAAUAUGGGGUGAGCUCUACAAGGUGAUAGACUCCUCAGAUGUUGUAGUUCAAGUUCUUGAUGCUAGAGAUCCGAUGGGUACCCGUUCCCCUCACAUCGAGACUUACUUGAAGAAGGAAAAACCCUGGAAACACCUUAUCUUUGUUCUUAACAAAUGUGACCUUGUUCCAACCUGGGCGACAAAACGUUGGGUGGCUGUCCUCUCCCAGGAUUAUCCGACCCUUGCCUUCCAUGCAAGUCUUACCAACCCCUUUGGCAAAGGAGCGUUUAUUCAGCUUCUCCGGCAGUUUGGAAAGUUGCACACUGACAAGAAGCAGAUCAGUGUCGGGUUCAUUGGCUAUCCAAAUGUUGGCAAGAGCUCUGUGAUAAACACAUUGCGCUCCAAGAAAGUUUGCAAUGUGGCCCCCAUUGCAGGUGAAACAAAGGUCUGGCAGUAUAUCACCUUGAUGCGUCGGAUAUUCCUUAUUGACUGUCCAGGUGUGGUUUACCCCUCUGAAGACUCGGAGACAGACAUUGUGCUGAAAGGGGUGGUUCAAGUUGAAAAAAUAAAGGCUCCUGAAGACCACAUUGGUGCUGUACUUGAACGAGCAAAGCCGGAAUAUAUCAGCAAGACAUACAAAAUUGAUUCUUGGGAGAAUGCUGAGGACUUUCUUGAGAAGCUGGCGUUCCGGACUGGGAAGUUACUGAAGGGUGGAGAGCCUGACUUGCAGACUGUGGGUAAGAUGGUUCUCAAUGACUGGCAGAGGGGCCGGAUUCCUUUCUUUGUCAAGCCACCCAAUGCGGAGCCCCCUACAGCCUCCCAGCUCCCAUCCUCCUCAUCUUUGGAAGUUGCCACAGAGACAAGCCAGAAGAAUGCAGAAGAGGAAGUCGCAGCAGCUGUAGGUGAAGCCACAGAGCCUAUCACUGAGAAGGAGAAAGAGAACAGUCACUGUGACACAGACUCAGAAAUGCAGCAAAUUCUGGCACGGGUUCGGCAGAACUUCGGCAAAAUCAAUGUCGUGCCUCAGUUUUCUGGGGAUGACCUGGUCCCUCUGGAGAUGUCCGAUAUCGAUGAAGCGCUUGAGAGCUUUUCUGAAGAGGAGGAGGUGGAGGAACAGAAACAACCAGGAGGCGAGGAAGGCGAGUCUUGCCCGGAGUCCCAGGAAGAACAUGCGGCAAAUGACACCAAGGCAGUUAUUAAAGCACUGGAUGAAAAGAUUGCUAAAUAUCAGAAGUUUUUAAACAAAGCCAAAGCUAAGAAGUUUUCAGCAGUCAGAAUAUCCAAGGGACUAAGUGAAAAGAUUUUUGCAAAAUCUGAAGAACAAAGAGCAGCUGAAGAAGUUGUAGAAGACACAGCACCUACCAAAAAGGGAAAGAAGAGGAAGGCACAGAGGGAAGAGGACCAUUCAAAUAAAACUCGCAGGAUGCUUACAUCUAGGGAACGGAGGCGAGCGGCGCGGCAGCAGCAAUCCAGGAAAGUUGGUGUGCGUUACUAUGAAACCCACAACGUGAAAAAUAGGAACCGGAACAAAAAGAAGACCAAUGACUCAGAAGGACAGAAACACAGACACAAAAAAUUCAAACAUAAGCAGUAACGUUUUAAAAGUUUAUUAAAUUAUACAAAAAUAUACAAUGA